AUGUUGACACCUUGGUGGUUCGCGUCCCUCCUGACAGCGUCGUUAGUCUGUUCAAGCCAAGCCGCAAGCCAAGUCCCACUGCACGUUGAUUUGGCCAAGGACGCCGCAGGGAAAGAUGGAUUCCAGGUUUUCACGAGCAAGCAUUCCCCACGACAUUCGAUCCGCAUAAAAAGACAAGAUAGUUCGAUUUGUGAUGCACAUUCAGCCCAAUAUACCGGGUGGCUAGAUCUUGGGCCGAAGCACCUUUUCUUCUGGUACUUUGACAGCCAGAACGACCCGGAAAAUGACCCGCUCACCCUAUGGAUGACUGGUGGGCCAGGCUACUCUAGUAUGCUCGGGAUGCUGCAAGAGGUCGGGCCUUGCUUGAUCAACGAGCAUGGAAACGGCACAUAUUACAAUCCGUGGGGCUGGAGCAAGAAGUCCUCAAUGUUAUUCGUGGAUCAGCCUGUUGGUGUAGGCUUUUCUUAUAUCGAUGAGGGUCAUGACACUCCCGAUACUUCACAUAUAGCUGCCGUGGAUAUGCAUAGAUUCCUACAGCUGUUUGUAUCCGAAGUCUUCCCUAGCAAGCUGUCUGUUCCAUUCCAUAUCUCUGGAGAGUCAUAUGGCGGUCAUUAUAUCCCGCACCUUGGAGCACAAAUUGUGCAGCAGAAUAAACUAUACCCGAAUGAACCCCAAAUACGUCUCAAGUCCUGCUUGAUUGGGAAUGGGUGUAUGUCAGAGAUGCAUACAACCUUCGGUUACUGGGAGACCCUUUGCACAACCAACCCUGGUGUUGAAAACCCUGUCUUCAAUGAAACCAGGUGCGAUAUUAUGGCCAAAAAUAUGCCGAGAUGCAUGACAGUUUCUGAAGUCUGCCGCCGUAACCCUGAUCCUGCCAUAUGCCUCUCUGCAAAGGCGGUUUGCAUCGAGGGAAUAACUGGAAUGUACGAUGAAGAAUCUGAUGUUAAAGGAGGCCGCAAUAGAUUCGAUAUCACAGUCCCCUGUCAAGUGGACGACAUAUGCUAUGUUCAAGGACCUCUGUUAGAAAAUUACUUAAACUCGAAGCUUGUUUGGGAUGCUAUUUCCCCUCCAAAAGAGGUCAAGCAUUACAAGCUAUCGUCUACACACGUUGCGGAUGUUUUUGGUCUUACCUCUGAUGAGAUGGUACCUUCAACUACUCAGGUAGAGUACUUGCUCGCGAACCAAAUCCAUGUUAUGAACUAUCAGGGCAAUCUUGAUCUUGCGUGUAAUACAGCAGGGAACUUGAGAUGGGCGCACAGUAUUCCAUGGAAAGGCCAACCUAAGUUUUCCUCUAAACCCCUAGUGCCGUGGAAAUCGGUACUCGCCUCAACGGGGAAGAACGAGACUGUUGGGAAAAUGAAAGAAGUCAAUAUCCGUGUCACGGAUAGUACAACUAUAACGACUAGCGCUGGUCAUAUGGUUCCCCAGGACCGACCUGAUGUAGCAUUCGAUCUGAUGAACCGCUGGAUUUCUGGAGAAGCGUUUGUCUAA